AAUCUUCAAACUUUUGGAGGUUAAACUUCAAGCUGGUCUGAGUUCUUUGGUUUUGGUGGAGUUUGUGCUGGUAGGUGUUUCGUACAGUAGUUUGUAUUCUGCGGUUGUUGGAGGACUCUAGUUGCGGAGUUCUGGGUAGUAGCAUAAUCUGUGAAAAUGCGUCCUUUGGAUGAACCUGAGAUGACGCAAGUGUUGGAAAAGUUGCAUAAAUUUGUAGGAAGUAAUCUCAAGCAUGUGUUGGAGAGGCCGUCGCACGAAGGGCCGGAUGGGAAAGGAGGGUACGUCUUUCGUUUACACAAGCAGAGGUGUUACUACGUAAGCGAUGCACUAGUGCGGCGGGCCACAAAUGUAGGGCGGGAUAAGCUGUUUGGGCUGGGUACGUGCUUGGGCAAAUUCACCAAAAGCGGCAAGUUCCGUCUCACAGUGACGUGCUUGGAUCUUAUCGCCGCACAUGCGAAGCAUAAGAUAUGGCUCAAACCAUCUGCGGAAAUGUCAUUUUUGUAUGGAAAUCACGUACUCAAGAGCGGUUUGGGGAGGAUUACAGAUAAUACUCAACAGUAUCAAGGAGUUGUAAUUUAUUCUAUGUCUGACGUACCGCUAGGUUUUGGAGUAGCGGCGAAGUCUACCCAGGAUUGCAGGAAGUUGGAUCCGAAUGAUAUUGUCGCUUUGCAUCAAGCUGACCUAGGGGAGUAUUUGCGCAUGGAGGAUGAGCUGUAGGUUGCUUCGUAAUCGAAGAGGCAGAAAACAGCGUUUGUAUGCUGAACACCAAUAGGUAGCCAUAACCUUGGGGGAUCAGGUUCAACUAGAGAAGCUAUGUCACAUUUUUCUUCUGUGGAAUUAGUUCUUAGCAGUCAUGGGCAUGAUAUGAAUUCUUCGGCUUUGGAAUCUACCUGGUUGAGAAUUGAUCAUACGCAGAAUGCGAUUGUUGUAAAACUUAAGCAAUAGCAAAAGAGACUUGCCCUCAGAUUCUCAAAUAGUGCCAACAGCGUUGUGAUGAACGACUGCCCUCUUUUAGGUCUUCUGUUUAGCAAUUAUUUUGUGCAAUACAAGUACGCGUAACCAUUGUUAUUUGGGAUC